AUGAGACCAGCCGUUGCAGAUUAUGUCAGUGAUGUAGACACUGAUAAUGAAGACAUUGUGUUUGAGUAUGAGUCUGAAGAGCUGCAUACCCCUGUCUCAUCAGAGGAUGAAGGGAACAAACCACACUGGCAUGAGUUUGAUGAGCACUAUGGCUUUGGAGAAGGCAGAUUUGAGCUAGGCACAAGAUUUGCUACAAUAGAGAGGUUCAAUGAAGUUGUGAAGGAUUCGUUUAUUGCUGAGGAGAGGGAGUUGGUCUGGAUUAAAAAUGAUAAGAAAAGGGUUAGAGUUGGCUGCAAGAAUGAGAACUGUCCCUGGAUUGCUCAUCUAUCAUACAAUAAACAGCUGCAGUGUUUCCAAGUGAAAACCUAUAUGAGUGAACAUACAUGCGCAAGAGAUCUGGGAAGCAAUGCGGCUGACCAACACUGGAUCAGCAAAAAAGUGGAGAGAAAGAUGACCACCCAUCCUCAUAUGAACACACAUGAGGCCAUUGAUUUUUUAAAAGAAGAGUUUGAUCUAGUACUACACCCUAAAAUGGUUUACAGGGCUGUGAGGGAAGCCAAAGAAAGGAUCAUGGGAAACGAGGUAGAACAGUAUGGGAAGCUUAGAGACUAUCUAAUGGAGAUACAUAGAAGCAAUCCAAGGUCUACUGCCUUGUUGGACGUUAUUCCCCAGCCACAAGCACCCCCAACAUUCGAUAAAAUGUAUAUAUGUUUCAAUGCAUGCAAGAGGGGAUUUAAGAGUGGAUGCAGGCCGUUGAUUCACUUGGAUGGAACAUUCCUCAAGACCUAUCAUGGGGCCAAUUGCUGUCUGCUGUGA